ACGCUUCUCAUCCGUCUCUCUUAGCUUAUCUUCCUAUUAUCACGAGCUGGUUGCACGGAACGCAGAAUGUAAGUACACAUGUAUAUUCCUCCUUCUUAAAACCCGUCGAGAGAGAAUAACCCGCUAAGCAGGCUAAGAACGGCAUGGCCAGCGGACCAGGCGAGUUUGGUUUUGGGAGAUUCCUUGCGUCUCGGCCUAUUGGCACAUCGGUGAAUCUCGGACUAUUGUCCACUGACUAGCUUUCUAUGUGGACUUUCUUAAAGGGAUUCGUUCCGUUCUCUACGUCGGGGAGGAUUGCCUGACGAGCCAAAAGAACGACUGCAUGGGAGGCCAACCAUUGACAACCAUUUUCGUGGUCUAUCAUCAGUGGUCAAUCUUAAAACCCGGGCUUCUAACCUCAUAAAUUUUACACCACUUGCCGAGUAUUGUGAAGCCACCUUCUAAGUAAGAUACCUUUUCCUCUUUUAAGUCGUAUUGACAGGUCCCUUAUAAGUGAACAUUCCCAUUUAGUAGAGUUUCAAUGCACUGAAAAAGAUUUUUUCUUUUUCAAAAACUCUCGGGUAUAGGCCGAGACCCCGUCUUAGGCUCAAAUUUCACUUAACUUAAGCUUUGAUUUGUGUAAAAAUCGCUCGGCUUAUGGCCGAAUAAAUACAGUAGAUCAGAGAGGACUCGAUAUAGUCGGGGAUUUAGACUGUCUGCGAUGCAGCUUAUAAAGUUCCUGAAUUUAAUAGUAUCGUCACGUUCCGAAUAUCUGCACUUUAUACUCCUCAAGAUCAUUGUUUGUUAUUGUUAUAUCGAUUACUACCGAUCGAUUUUUGUUAAUCGGUGAUGAUCGAUAAAUUAUUUUUUCCGUGAAUUCGAUUUCUAUCGAUUUCCGAUAUCAAUCGAUAGCUGAUCGGCGGAUUAGAUCAAUUGAUUUCCGAUAACGAUUUCCAUCGAUUAACUACGCCUGGAAUACUAGCAAAGAUUUUAAUGCAGUUCACAAAGUCGUACUCUGGAAAUCACACAGAAUCUUUUGAUCUUUUACACGUUUUGGAAGAAACGAUUACGCCUCAGCGCGCAGCGCUCUCGGAACCCGUUCUGCUUGUCCAAUUUACCUUAAAAGGGACAGUAUGAACUCAGAAGACUUAAAAGAAUUAAUUCACUCCCCACAAAUCAAAGUUUUGUUAGAAAUCAACCCAACAAGCCCUGGCCUUGUUAACUGAAUGCUUAGCUUUUGGUUAAAUGCGUGAAACGAUAAUUUCAGUAACCUCAUGGUCCAUAGCGCACGAAGCUUAAGUUUCAAGUACAGGAAGUUUUUACUUUGCACUAAUGACCCACUAAAGCGUUAACUCAUCAGCAUGGUUACACUAAUUUGAUAGCGAACAAAUUGUCAUGCCGACCUAAGCUGGGUGUUUUUAAGUUGCUAACGUUUUGAAAUUUCACGGUUACGAUCGAAAGUUCUGAUAGUGAAAAUGCAAGAAGCGGUUAUUGCUGACAUCUAGUGACGGAAAACGUCCACCAGGAACACCAGGUUAACUUGAGUUGACCAAUUGAUGGUGUGAUAGUGAUUAGUUGAAGUAAUAAAAAGGAAAACAGAUAUUUUCCGCCUGAUACAAGAUUGUUGCUUGUUUUUAAAUAGACUUUUGCUGGGCACGUUUUUCACGGAACAACAUGAUCACGAUUCCCGGUAAAUUUCCCGCUGACUUUCAGAGCUUUUUUUUACCGAGAAAGCGGACUUGAAAUACUGAAACUGAAAAGUUAACCGAAACUGUUCAGAGCUAAGACCCUAUUAGGAUAUUUUCAGCGAUGAAACCAAGUUUACGGCAAGAUUUGAAGAGCACAAGAAUAGAACUUGGAAAUUCUGUAAUAUCGAGCUGGGACCCCCGGGCAAAAAAAACAUGAGUAUAAAUACUGAUGGGGUCGACUCGCUCUGGGUUGUACCUUAUGGCUAAAGUUUGUAUUUAUAUUUUAUUCUUAACCUCGUAUUUCUAAUAAUCGAGCCUUAAGAGGCCUUUAAUGAAUUUAACCCCUGAUCGUAACUAAAGCCUUCAGCAGAACAGCCUACUUUGGGCAUGAUACGGGGUAAAGGGUGGGGGGGGGGUGCAUCGCAAGAAGGUUAUCAGCCCUAUGAUCACACAUAGACAGCAGCUCGUGGUUCAAAUUUAUGUCAUUCUUCAAAGUAAAAUGUUUUCAAAACUAAAAGUUUGAUAAACAUUGGAAACUGAGAUAAAGAACGGGAAAAAUCCGGACCGUCAGAUUAUAUUCCGACCGGAUGCAGUAGCCAAUUCUGCCGGAACAUAACAAAACAUGAGAUUUUCCCGCGCUCAAAACCACCAAGCACGCGCGGGUUUCGUUUGAGCGUGACUAAGGAAGUAUCAUUCACAGCAUAACAUUCACAACGAACGAAGAAUCGAGAGACGUAGAGAGGAGACAAAAUGGAGGUUUCACCGCGAAUAGAGUUCUCUUCGCCCGGAUUCAGAAGAAACUGCCGGCUGUCUCGGUGCUGUCUAUUUUGUAGGAAUUUAUUCCACCUCUCCAAAUGUGUACCAAUUGUAAUGUAUUAUAAAAUCUUCAUAUAGAACUGAGGUAGGACAUCAAGAACGUCCCUCGUCACAAAUAUGCAUAGAUCGAACUUUGAUUAAACCAAUCAGAACACACUAAGAGCCUUAAGCGACACGGGAACAUGACGAAGUCGGUUGACAGCGAGUAUGCAUUUACUCUCGGUAGCAAUUCAAAACUGAAAUCCGCAUUGCCUAGCUGCACGUGCAUUGUCCAAUAUCAGUUGCGAGCAAUUUGUUUGUAGUAGUUGUUGUUGUUUUGGCUUGCUUUUAUCUUUGUUUUUAUCUGUUUCAGUUCAUAAUAUACUCUGCAAGACGUACAAAGUGUAUCAAGUUUACUUCCUAGUACAGUGUUCACUCGCCAACAAUUUGAGCAGUGUCACGUCUAUUGCACUCCACGCAUUCCACGGCUUCGUUUUCAUUCAUACCCCUACAGGCAUAUCCGCGUUCCCCACUACAGUUUUUUUUUGUCGUUUUUUGAGGGGAGCGGGGUCGUCUGUACACCGGUUAGCUCCCACUGAUGACCGACGUCUUUGCAAAUUGAAUUCGGGAGCUUGGUUCACUGUAAUUAAUAUUUUACCUUCUAUAGUGAGGGUAAUUAUUGAACAAACAAGUGUAAACAGAUGAAUACAGACCCCUUUGUUGACAUUAUUACUUUAAAAUAAAUGCCUUCGUGAUUUUUUUCAGCAACAGCUUUUCCGGAAAGAUAACGAGUCAAGGGCAUUUCAGAAAUCCAAAGAUUCGAAAAAAUCCGGUUACAUAACCACCCCGGGAUCUCCAAGAAAAUCUAGGAAAAACUAAUAGCACGUAUACGAGAUCAAACUUCCAGGCACAAAUCAGGCAGCCGGACGCUAGGUUAAACGGAAGAGAGAGGUAUAACAUGGCGUUAUGUAACGAAGGUAAUACUGAAAUAGAGAUCCGUAAGGGCGCAAACUGAAAGCUAUCAUUUUCUGAUUCUGUGAUUCUAGUGCUCACGGUUUCCUAGCCUGCGUAGAAGGCGCUUGGAAGUAGUGGGCGAAAGAGAGAACGGGCGCGCGCGUGCCUCCUUCCCAUGCGCCCGUUUUUUCUUGUACCCACUACUUCCAAGCGCCUGCUACGCAGGCUAACGGUUUCCCUUUCAUAUCACCAAAAGCGUUCAGGAGAUCAUAUCAGGAAGUGCCGGGAUGGGGAGGGCGAGGGGGGAGGGGGGGUUGCAGGAACUUAACGAAGUUUUUUACCGGGACUGUCCAUGUCCAACAGCUUUACCCCUUUUACAGAAAGGGUACUCCUUUCUUAGUACCCUCCAUUGACCAAUGGUACCGAUUAAUUUCACAUACCUCGUUUAGAACGCUGAAGCCCUUUUAACUGCUGUAAAUACACUGUCUUAAUUAAAGCUAUGAAUAGCUCAAUUAACCAGGAAGCUCUCUUGUAUUUUUUAUAGACAGCCAUAAAAUGCAUCUGUUAGCCCUUCGUAGGUCUCUUCACAGACCCAAAUGACAGAUUUUCCUACCCUUUCAUAUACUUCAACUCGUUAAAUCCCUACCCUUUCAGGUAACUGAAGCUUGAAAAAGGUACCCGUUUCGGGCGGAGCAUUCUUGUAUAGGACAUUAUAGGGUGUACCAGCUAGCCCGGGGGGUACUCGCAGAAAAAUUGGGUAGGGGUGUGCGGCCCGCUUCCCAAAACCCUUACCCUAUUUAUGACCAAAAUCUGCGAUUUUCCCUACCCUAUUUAUGACCUAACCAAAAAUUUGAUACCCUAUUUUGUGAAGGGCUUUUUUUGCUUGUAUUUUCUAGCCUACAAAGCACCCGGUGGAGAGGAAGGCAAAGCGCGGAUGGAAGGAGGGGGACAUGAUAAGGAAGUAGCUUCUUCUAAAAAAGUGCAUUCAAGACUACAGUGCAAAAAUCGUUACCCUAUUUAUGACCAAAAUGGCGGCAAAAUAGCCAAAAUCGAUACCCAAUUUAUGACCAAAACGGCUGAAAAACCCUACCCUUUGGGGCCGCACAUACCUAUAUAGCCCAUAUUAGGGAGUACCCCCCCCGGGCCAGCUAGUAGCCCCCGGGAGCAAGUCAUGUUCUCCCAAUUUUUAAAUUGGACACCAUUAAAACAACACUAGAUGUGGGACUUUUUGAUUGGAUAGGUUUAUCAUUUACCUUUCACACUGCCGCUCAAACAACGAAGUAUUUGAUAACCUGUGUAACGCAAGCUCAUACUCUGUAAAAAUAGGGAGUGUUAACACUAAAAAGACUAGCCCCUGUUGUUGUUGUUCCUAUUUGUUUAGUUCUGACACUUUCAAGAAAUUCAGGAAAAAAAUACUUAUUAAUUUGUGUGUGAAUCCGCGAAAAAGCUAGUUUUUUCGACAGUCUUUUAUUAAACAUCAGGUUUUUGUGGCCUUGAACUCUGGAGCAGAACAGAAUCCAUCAACUGCAUCGACAUAUAAAACGUUGCCGGUCAUAAGAAUUAUUUAUUUUGACAGAAUAAUCAUUUGUAUUUUCCCUUUUUGCACUUCUCCGGGAAACUCUUGGCGAUUAAUUAGUUUAGAGCGUCCGGGGUCAGAGACAUGUAUUUAAGGAAUAGUGACUAUUUAUAUAAAGCAGGCUUCCACGAUUUGAAGGAAAAGUUUUGGGAAUUUUUAUUCCAUUUUCUGAAGAUCUAAGUUUCAAUUGCUUCCCUUUUCCUGUUUAUUGCUAUCAAUAAUUAAGGAUACUGUUCGAUGAAAAUAUAUUAAUUCUCUAUUUUUUAGAACUGCUGGAUUCUACGAACUCAGGCCGAUUAUCUUUAAGCCGGAGCAACUUGAACAAAUUUGUGGGUCAGAGAAAAUUAUAUUUCUGCUGUAUUAAAUAUUACGAAGAAAUUCGUGCUGUUUUCAGCAAGUCACAAGUGUCUGUGACACUAUUCAAAUAAAUUUAAUAUUCGAAGCACGCAUCGGUUGAUUUGAAGUUUAAUUUUGUCGAUUGGCUUCAAUACUUCGAACGAGGAACCAAUUUAAAUGCGUGACGUGACUGCUUCCUGCACCAACAAUAGCACAAUCCACUUCCGCCCACACGCGAAUAUAUCUUAUCGCUAAUGACAGCAAACAGGAAGUUUUAAAGGUGGUCAAAUAAAGCGAACACAGUUCACGACAUCAUUUUAAGUCUGUACGUGGUCGAUCGAUACUACUGAGCUACCCGCGCUUGGACUGGGAAAAGACUGAUAAAAUUUCGAGGUAAGAAUUUAGUAUACAUUUCUUUACUUUUACCACUGGCGAUCGUCGAUGGCAGAGCGAGAAAUUUCAUUUAUCAAAUUUGAAAUAUGAAAAUGGCGAAAAGGAAGAUCGUUCGUCGUCAGGGCUUGAUUUUUAAAAAAACUCCUCAGUUACAAGGAAAAGCUCGCUAGAUUUAAUGAAUUACGAGUUGUAGUCAAAGAUUCAGGUUUUUUAAAGUCGACUUUGUAUAAUCUUUGUAGAUCUUCUAUCGCGGUAGUUGGAAUGGCAAAUACACCGCCGCAUAAGCUAGAAAACAUAGGCUACAUGAGGAGUGACAAAGGAAAACUGGCAUUUAAACUCUGUAGAACCUUGAAUCAAACAUUUUUAGGCUUUUUCUCACAGUCAAGAACUGUUUUAAGGUUGUGUUGUACUACCGCUAAACGAAGAAAUUGUGGGUGAGUAGCGAACCGGAAAAUGUAACAACACACAGAGGGCAUUUUUUCCGCUAAUCAAUGGUCGAAGCAGGUUUGAAUCGCAGUUUUUCUUCAAAAACCUCAAAGACCAUAAGAGCUGGUACUUUAAUAAUGAUCCUUAAGUUUUUAUUAAAACCUUUUAUGAGGUAGAAACUAUGCAGAACUGACUGUUUACAACUUCAGAGCAACACCGGAAGUUUUAACGUUCUUAACUACACUGCGGGGGAAGACUGCGGGGGAUCACGAAAAUCAGCCUGCUUGCCUUUUACAAAAACUUAUUCGCUAAUUUCUGCGAAAGGUAUUUAGGACCGUUCUUUUAUAUCCACAGUUCUGACUAGUGGCUCAAAUGUAAACAACUUAUUUCAAAACAGCAAUUAGAAGAGCGGUUGUUAAUUAAAACUUCUUUUAUUUCAUUUCCAUUUUGAAGCUCUCCACUCGGUAUAAAUUUUUGUUAUUAUUAUUUUUUAAAUUUUUGCACUGAAUUUGCACUAUGGCAUAUGAUGAAAACAUUUUCACAAAGAAUAAUCCUGGCGUCCUUUUGCCAAAGAACAACGCACAAACAAUCUGCCCGCAUAGUAGGUCGCUUAGGUCAUCAGACUUCCUUCCGCCUUGGGCCUCGAGUGUUUGAAUAACGAUGAAACAAUAGACCACGCGCAACGUAAAUAUUGCUUUCUUUCGGUUUUGUUUUGAUGUAAAAUAAAAUAUUUGUGGUAAAAGAAAAGCUGCGGUCUGAAAGAAAUGAAACUUCUGCUUAUUCCACUUUUUGACGGGAUAUUUCUUUUUAUAAUGAAAAUAAAACUGAAAAGAAGGAAAAGAACGCCGAAGAAGUAGACAACCAGAAAUGAAAGGGUACUAGCUUACAAACAGGCUAAAAGGGUUACGUGUAAAAACGGGAUGAGGUUUAUCCUCUGUGGGUGGCCAUGUUAAAAUCGAGGGACAUUUUUGUCGGUUUCACCGUGAUAGAUCGGAAAUCUCCGAUUACUGUCCGAACUAAGAAAACUCGGUUUCCAAAACACUCCACUCGGGAAUACCGGAAAAAGGAUUUUCUUGGGUUAGAUAUGUAACAGUUUUUUCUGGUCACAUGCGUGUCACAUUCACCAUACAGUUUUAAUUGGGCAUAGGGUUACUGUAAGACUAAACAAAACUGAAGAAAAUAGCAAUCAUUGAGCAUUUUUCCUCCUUUCUUUCAGAAAAGAAGACAACUACACAUCUUAGCUAAAUUCUGAUUAACAAGGAUCAUGUCUUUCGGUAAGUUUUGUGAUAAUACAAAAUUGGAUUUAACGUGACAACUAACAUGUCCCAAUGUAAAUAAGAAAAUAAUCGUUCAUGAAUUUUUAUUUAUUUAUCUAUUUAUUAUCAGGAUUGUGGUCUCAUGAUUACGUCGUCGUGAGUUUAUUUUCUUUCUAAAACAAUGAAUGGACUCUGUUUUUCAAGGCAGUCUGCCAAUAUCUAUACUUCGUCUUGUAUAAACUACAAUCUCAAGAAAAGGUCACAAAACAAAACAAGUCUCGGCAGGAUCGACGUAUUUGAUAUUUUACUCAAAUUUCUACCAGUACAUGUAGUGGCCUGUUUGAAUUUAUUUAUUUAUUGAAAAAAAAAAAAGAUUAGAAAUCCUCAAAAAAAGAAAUUAAAAUGAAAACAAAAACUUACCUUGAAAAAAUGAUCAACAUUGAUAGUGUUUUAAUAGCAAAUUGAGAUCUUUCAUUUUCCUAGAAAGUGAAAAAGUAAAAAGAAAACUUGUGAACGCUAUGUAAAUAGAAAUAGGCUGAAAAUAUUUUAUUACAAACACACGAAAUCUAAAAUAUGAUCUAAGAAAGUGCGGUUUAUUUACGUAUUAUAACACAUAUUCAGAGCAUUCAGACGAGUACAAAAUUUCCUUUCACCAGAAACUCUACGCAAGCCUAACAAGACUGCUGUUCACCUUUGGGAGUUUCUGCUCGAUCUCCUAUUGGACGAGAAAUGUGGUCACAUGAUCUGCUGGAUCAACCGAGAGGCGGGAGAAUUCAAACUGAAAAAUCAAGAGGAAGUCGCGAGAAGAUGGGGCUGCAUAAAGCACAGGCCGGGCAUGAAUUAUGACAAACUGAGCCGGGCAUUAAGAUAUUACUAUCAGAAGGGAAUAAUUAAGAAGGUAUGCAAAGUAUGACGUUUCUUUCGCUGCUUAGUUUAGUGGGUGAAAGGUAUAAAAUGCAAGAGCACAGGUUGCCCAAGCACAGACUGCGAAAAGGAAUUCUGACAAUUUUGUGUUAAAAAUGUGAGAUUUUUCUGCAUGCUUAAACUAUCAUGUCACUCUCUAAAUAUAACCGUCUUUGUCUGGUCCUGUCUUUAAAAAAUAUAUGUAUGAAGAGAAAAUCUGCAUGGAGUUUUUAAGUUUUUAGGUUUAGAAAUUAUUAAGCACUAAUAGUUAGAACAAGUGGAUGAAUUUUUUUUAAGUAAAUACCUUAUGUUUUUUUUUCUUAUAUGUAGGUUAAUGGUCAAAGGCUCGCUUACAAAUUUGUGAAACCGCCUUUUGGAAAAUCGAAGGAGCCUGCUCCACAAAACGGUCCCGCGCAGACAAACAUCAAUGCGCCCUCUACAACACAAGAAACAAAGAAAGAGGGAGAAGUAAAGAUACAGGAAGUCGAAAACAAGGAAGGAACGGCCAUUCCCGUGGUGCCAUGCGUGCGGACAGCCGCCGUCACGUUGCCACAGACAAGCGUUACCACGGCUUCAAUGGGUUUUAGGAUCAUUCAAGCCCCAUUGGUCAGUCCUAAUCACAUGACCUGUCCCAUUUCAAUUUACCCGUAUGUUGUUCCUUGCGUCAUCCCAGCAUGCCGUCCUAUUGAGAUCAUCAAGUCAUAAAACAAAGAACGAUGCUGAUUGGGCAAUAAAUUAUGAUGUCAUUUUAUUUUUAACGUGUUUCGUGUGUCAAGAAAUAGAAAUAAUCACUUCAACGUAGUAAAUAGGCAACUUUGAAAAAAUGGCUUCAUUUUGAACUUAAUAUUUCUUUUUAAAGAAAUCCGCCAAGAAGUUGAACAUAUUUGAAAGAAUGAUUCAACACCGCAUAAAUUAUUCACGUACCAUCGAAAAUUGAUGAAUACAUUGAUAUCUUUUUUAUCGAUCAAAACUUUUUAUUAAUCGCGUUCAAUAGUACAUAUAUUCAAAAAUAGAUAGCCUUUUAUCGUUUUAUCCAUCCAAAAAUUUCUUCUAACCCAAGUGUGAACACAUCAUCUGAGUUUUGUUUUGUUUAUUUUCACAGAACAAGCCACCAGCACUUAUUUGAAAACGAGUGUUUAUUGAGAUAAAAAUUAUGUUCUGUAAGACUUAGGAAAUAAAUGAUAGGCUUAAUAACAAUUAGACAGGAGCAAUGACAGAGCUUUUAAUCCUGUGUGUGGCCAAAAACAUUGUUCAAACGUAACCAAACGUACUUUGCAAAAGAACUGAAAAUGAGGUCUCCUUUUGUUCAGCAGUAAUAAGUAGCCAAAAGAUUCGGAAUAAUUAUACUUUUCUGGGAAACUGCCCACCUACCCCUCCCGUAAGCCAACAUUUUGCCCUAAGUGAGAAGUGAGAGUUAAUGUUGGCUUAGGGGAUGGGUAGGUGGGCCUUACAUUCGCCACUGUUAAAAACGAGAUGGAAACUGGGCUUAGUAAACGUUUGCAAAGACCUCUGGGGCGGUUACUAUAGGAACAGUGAAAAAAGGCGCGUCCCCAGUAACCAUCCCAGAAACACCUGCGAGACGCAUUUGGGAUCCAUUUUCUUUCUCAUGUCUAAAGUGGCAAAUAGUCACACCAGUCUAAGAUUUCAUCCUGAGACUCAAAAGUUAGUGGCAAUCUAGAACUCUGAAAUUGAUAGAGCUAAACUACUUGACUAAUGAGAUAGGUCCGAAACCAAUGAAUAUUAAUUUAAGUUUAGAUAAAAUGAGAUAAUAUUUUGUACAUAAAAUUGUCAAUGUUUAGGUGCC